AUGAAUAAUACUGCUCCUCCUCCAGAAAAUGGACAAUAUUCUGCAUCUCAACAAAGACCCUUUUUUUAUGCACAACCAACAGCACAAUUACCUUUCCCGAAUCCUUGGUACCUUGGCCAACUCUACAAUCCAUACUGUGUUCCGGGACCAGGUAAGGCUUUCACAAACUUGAGAAACUUAAACUUAAUUAAGGUCUAAUAAAGGGUUACAACUAAUGUAUUUUACACAAACCUAGCAUAAUCAAAAGGGCAUGGAACUUUUUUUUUUUUUUUUUUUUUAAUGUGCCUUUAUUCAUUAAUCAGUUUUGAUUAACCAAUCAAGAAAAGACAAAGUAAUUUGAAAGACUAUUGAAUAGGACUGUUUAUUGCUGCAUUUAUUUUUGAUUUGACAUAACGCUUAAACGAGAUCUGGGUGUGGUUUAUUUUAUUUUUUGUUUCUCUUUCAGGUUUCAGAGGAGGAAAUCCAUAUUUUCCUUUCUAUUCUGUUGCACUCCAUGAAUAUCCAGGAGGAUAUUAUGUUCCCCAGCAUCAAAUGAACACUAGAAUGAACAGAAGACCCAAUUUUAAUCCCUAUCCACCUUCCCCUAUGUUUUACCAUGCUACUCGGUUUAGACAUUAUAGCAGUCCUGGAAGAAGAACAGAAACAAAAGAAACACAGACUGACCCAAGACAACCAGAACACAUGCCUCAGAAGCACCUUGGUUCAGAUAGUAAAGGCUGUGAUGCAGGAAACCCAGAGUGCCAUUCUUCUGGCAUUAGCUGUCCAGAGAAUGAAAGUAAUCUGGAUAAUGUAGACAUGUCCAUGUCACCUGCAGCACCCUUGCAGGAAAGGGACUUUCAUAAAAAUACGUGCAACUCAUCCCAAUACCGAAAUAUGCCUCCAGGAAGCUAUGCUUAUGAGAAAGAGGAGGUAAGAAUAGAGUAUGGAAGUGGUUCCCCUGCUGCCAUACAGAUGUGGAAGUCUUAUAAAGAAACCAUACCAAUAUACGAUGUGGCAGUUGUUAAAGAAAUACCAGACAAUUUAGUGCAGCGUGAUCUAUAUUGUGAAGGUGUACUGUAUGGCCCACACACAGAAGGUGAGGAGCUUGCAGUACAAGGUGUUGUCUUCAAUAAAGAGGAGUGUAAAUCUUCACUCUCUCCAAAACUUAGUCUUGAUGCUGUACAAGAAACUGAAACACAGACAACAAUAGUGCAGAACAGUGAGUUGAGGAAUGAAACCAUAAAAUUGGGUAAACCAUAUGUAAAAUCACAGGCUGUGGAGGUAGAGCCACCAAAUGUGUGCUCAGAACACACUGAGGCAUGUCCUAUCCAUGAUAAAGAACAAAAUGGAGACUCAGAAGGUUUAAAAGGAAUUAAGGAUACCAAUGGAGAACUUGAGGCAAGGCUAGAUUUAGGUUCUGAAAACAAAAUCCAGACACAGCCUGAAUGUAAUGGAGAGAUGAUAUUGGAUGGAAAAAGUAGUGCAUGGACAGAAGACAUGAUAGAAAAACUUGUGCCUCCACCAUCUUGGGUCACUUGUUUUGACAAUAUAGAAACAAACUAUGACUAUGAUGCUUAUAUGUCUCAACGGAAGCAAAAAAGGCCAAGUAUACUAAGUAUCACUUCAGAGGAGCUUUCAUCAAGGGAUGAAGGAUCAUCUGUGGAGAAUACCUCUAUAUCUUACUUGGUUCCAGACUACAUGCUCAGGAAGGGUUUGUAUGCCUUCCGAAAAAGUGCAGAGAUUACAGAGCGAGAGAAAAUUAAAAGUUGUGGCUCUUUGAAGGAAGAUGAAAUGUCUAUGAAGCCAGCCAGCAGUCAAUAUGAACAAAACAAUGGUUCUGGGGCAACAAAGGAAAAAGUCUCUUCCAGAAGAGGUAAAAAGAUUGGGGUUCCUGUGAGAGGCUUGAGUAGAAGAAAAAUGUUUUCAGUAAAGAAAAAAUUAAGGAAGAGUCAGUCAUUGUCCGAACCGGAGGAUUCUGAAGAAUACUGGGUUAUGGAGGAAGAGAACUUGCAAAAUUGUGAGGAAGAUGAAGAAAGUGAUGAGGAUGAAUACUACUUUCAGGGAAAUUUACCACAUGGGCAGCUAGAUCUUAUUAAAGGUAGUUUCUUUAAACAGAUUGCUCAGAAGAGAAUACUUUGGAAACCACCAAAAGGUGCAAUCCCGACUCAGUUGAUCAGUUGGCCUGUCAGAGAAAAGUCAAAAGUCAAGAAAAAGGGGUAUGAAGCACAAGGGCAUCGACUGACUGAGCAAGAUGUCAGUGACUAUGCAAACUAUGAAAAGCAAGUCACAAAGCUAGAGAGGGGCUACAAAGAGAUGUCUGAACAGAAGAGAUCUCUGCAGAAGUCACUGGGUGGUAAGUUGAUUAAUGAAGAAUCUUCUACAUGGUCUCUUAAUGAGACAAACCAAAUUAUUGCCUCAACAGUUAAUUUUUGCAAAAGCUUCAGAUUGGAAAUUAUCAAACCCAGAUCCACUUCAAGAUUCUGAUGCUGGCUGUGGCAUCCAUUGAGUGCAGUAAAAUCAAGGAUUUGUUGUGUUUCCAAAGAGGAUGUGAAGUGUGUAUGCAUACACUGCAAUUGUGAUGAACCAGUCUCUCCAAAAAUUGCUUCACUGUAAAAUGGAUACGAAGUACUUAAGCCAUGUGUCUGCUUAUGGCAGUUGCUAUGUAUAUGUUUAAACUUUGCAUUUCUUGCUGUCUGUGGGUUUUUUUUCUAAUUAUAAAACCUAAAUUCAUUCUAACAAUAUGCUACUAUAACUGUGUUGAUGAAUAUUUACUUUGUUAGCAACUUACAGGUUUCUGCCAUUAGAAUAUUAUCUGCUUCACCUAGGAAAACCUCAAAAGAAAACCACUGGGGCAACUGUUGAAGAGUACUGGGUUGGAAGAGGUGCUAAACCCAAACUCUCCGAACCUUCAUAUUAUUUGCAAGAUUCAACCAAAAAAGAGCAAGGUAGACUUGUUGGAUAGUUUAUUUGAACACUUACUGAACUGUAAGUCAUAGUUUUACAAAAUACAUUAAUAGUAUAAGAAUAAAACUGAAAUUGUUAACUUAAUUGAAACCUAUAUUUGUUGGGAGGUUUUGUUUGCAUUUUAAGCCUUUUCUCACCUCACUUCUCAUGGCUUUCAAGUUGGUUGACAGACUUCAGGGUUUCCUGGUACCCAAUAAUUAUUUCUGUCUGGAGCGUCUUAAGGAGGCUAUCAACUUUCCUCAUCCAUAGUUAUAUGUAGUAAGUGUGCAUGCUCAUGCUAUGAAAUGACUGGCUCUGUGCACUCUGGUACUAAAAGAUUUUGGUACAGCAGGUGUUUGGAGGCACUGAAUCAUUAAAGCCUUUCUGACCCAGGUAAACACUGACUAACAAUGGCACAUAAUCUGUAAUUCCAUAGUGCAAAAUGUAGGCAAUCCAUCCACUAAAGUAUUUUAAAUGACAAGUAAGUGAACUUCCUCCAUGGGAUAUCCCAAGCCAAACAAACUUCAAACCUUAAGGCUUUACCCCCAUUGAGUAGUGACAGAACAGAUAUUUGACUGUCUUAUUGUGUGUUCUGCAUGAACUUGUUACUAUAUAUGAAAGCUAGACAACUCCAUUUACAAAAUGUGUUCACACUUUUUCUCCCCUGUUAGACAAGCCUAAAAAGAAAGGAACGGGCAAGUCUUCUAAAAGAAAACAAACUAGAAUUGAUCCUGAAGAAAUAGAAACAUGGGAAGUUCCUAGAUCAUUCUUGUACAGAGGUAUGAAACUAGUGUAGUAACCAUUUCCCAUGAUUCUACAAUACACAUGUUAGGAAAGAUCUCCUCUCCCCCCACCUUGUGGCUAUUGCUCCAAACAGGGUUAUUUAACUUUGUUUAGGUCAAUAGUAUGCUUAAAAGAUUGACUCGAAUCUUCCCUCCACCUAUCAAACUAUGGUAAUGACCAGAGCUGAAUUUCAAAAAUAUUAAUUAGGGUAAAAAAAGGAACAAUAUGUGCAAAGUUGAACUGAAUGAGUCUCUGCUGCCCCUUUCCAUAUUAAAAAUCCUUUUACACGGUAUAUUCAUUGAAGAGCGAAAUUUGGAUUUCAAUUUGAGUUAACUUUGAAUUUCCAGCAAUUGGCACAUAUGUGAAUAAGCCUGUUGGUAUUCACAAAAAUUGGUUGUUCUCCCAAACUUAAGCACUAACCACAACCCGGUAUUUGUGCACCACAUCACUUGGCACUGUUUAAUGCCAGAAAACCUUCUUGGUGCAUCAAUCUGUAUAGUAUUUGCAUUAAAGAAUAAAACUUUUCUUAAUAAAAAAAUUUUUUAACACCGUAAGAAUAGUUUCUUCCCCCUCAGCCUUUCUAGCUUCAUAGACUUCUUUUAUUUCCGAAUAAAAUCUUUAAGGUAGUGGCAUUAUUUAACUACAAAAAAUACUGUAUAUGGAUUUAUUUGGAAAAUGCCAGACAACUAAUGUCCCAAUGCAGAGGCAUGCCACUUUUUGCCAUGGGUUUUUUUUUAAAUUUGAAGGGCUGGUUUUCUGUAAAGGCAUAUUUUAUUUAUAAGAAAUCUGAAAUUUUGCCAUGCAAGCAACAUGUCUGGAAAAGGGUCAGUGCAAAGUGGGUUAUCUCGUCCAGUCAGAGUAAAAUGAUAUGCUAUAUGAAAGGACACAAAACAAAAAUCAAUUUAGGUUAGGUACAUUGUGUAAUGUUAUGUAUACAAUACUGAUGUCUUAUUUUCAUUUUAGGUUGUUCCUUGAGGAGGGGUGGUACCCGGAAGAAAUAGAAAAAAAACAAAACUACCUUUAAAAUGUAAAAUAUUUUAUUUCUUAAAUGAAGUUUAUCUGUGUGUUUAAAUUUUUAGGAUUUUUUUGCAUGUAACAAGCAUUUUUUUUUCACUCCUGCAAAGGAGUCCUACAUACCCACUAAUUUGUAUAACCCUGGAGUUUGUUGUGCACCAAAAAGGAAACUAGGAUAAAGGUACAUGCACCACUAAAAUUAAUAAAUAUAAUUAAGUCUAAUGAUGUGAUGAUAAAGCAUGUGAGAAAACAAGAAUAGAAACAGGCACGUAAUUAAAAAAAAAAAAAGAACCAAAACGAACACCUUACUAUUGUAAAUAGCACAUAUGUCACAAUGUACAAGCAAGAAACAAAUAAAG